GGAGGCUGGCGCGCAGGCGCGGGACAGGGGCCUCGCCCCUGCCGACGUCGCAGGCUGGAGCUCACCUGGGAGACUCCAGGAGGAAGCGGAGCCUCGGUUCGGCCUCUCCUGGCAACGCAGGAGGCCCAGCGGGAAGGCAGGAGGCGGCGGCGGCGGAGGAGGAGCUGGACUGAGCGGCAACAGUAGCGACAGCAACCGGAGGCGCCGCCGCCGCCGCCACCUGCACCUGGCGCCCGGCCCACGUCCGGCGCCCGGCCCACGUCCAGCGCCCGCCCGGCCGCUGCUUCCCGCCGCCCUGCUGUGCCCACCCGCCAGGCCAUUAAGAUUGGCUCCUUGGUUUCAAUGGAGAUGAUGGGAUUCCAUAGUAGCAGAAGACAAGUCGCAGCAUUUAACCACCAAGGACAAAGUAUUACCAUUUAAUGAAACCUUCUUGCCAGCAAAUCUAUGAUAAAAAAUAUAAGUAACAGAGGGAACUAUAACUGUUAUUUGUCAAGUGGGAAGCUUUUAAUGUCAGAAUGGCUCACCUAAAACGACUAGUAAAAUUACAUCUUAAAAGACAUUAUCAUAAAAAAUUCUGGAAACUUGGGGCAGUAAUUUUUUUCUUUAUAAUAUUUUUGAUUUUAAUGCAAAGAGAAGUAAGUGUUCAAUAUUCCAAAGAGGAAUCACGGAUGGAAAGAAACAUGAAAAACAAAAACAAGAUGUUUGAUUUAAUGAUAGAAGCUGUAAACAAUAUUAAAGAUGCAAUGCCAAAAAUGCAAAUAGGAGCACCGGUCAGGCAAAACAUUGAUGCUGGUGAGAGACCCUGUUUGCAAGGAUAUUAUACAGCAGCAGAAUUGAAACCUGUUCUUGACCGCCCACCUCAGGAUUCUAAUGCACCUGGUGCUUCUGGCAAAGCAUUCAAGACAACCAAUUUAAGUAUUGAAGAGCAGAAGGAAAAAGAACGUGGAGAAGCAAAACACUGUUUUAAUGCUUUUGCAAGUGACAGGAUUUCUCUACACCGAGAUCUUGGACCAGACACUCGACCUCCUGAAUGUAUUGAACAAAAAUUUAAGCGCUGUCCUCCCCUGCCUACCACCAGUGUCAUAAUAGUUUUUCAUAAUGAAGCCUGGUCCACGCUGCUUAGAACUGUCCACAGUGUGCUUUAUUCUUCCCCUGCCAUACUGCUGAAGGAAAUCAUUUUGGUGGAUGAUGCUAGUGUAGAUGAGUACUUACAUGAUAAACUAGAGGAAUAUAUAAAACAAUUUUCUAUAGUAAAAAUAGUUAGACAAAGAGAGAGAAAAGGUCUGAUCACUGCCAGGUUGCUAGGAGCAACAGUUGCAACAGCUGAAACCCUCACAUUUUUAGAUGCUCACUGUGAGUGUUUCUAUGGUUGGUUAGAACCUUUGUUGGCCAGGAUAGCUGAGAAUUACACUGCCGUGGUGAGUCCGGAUAUUGCAUCCAUAGACCUGAACACAUUUGAAUUCAACAAACCCUCUCCUUAUGGAAGCAAUCACAACCGUGGAAACUUUGACUGGAGCCUUUCCUUUGGCUGGGAAUCGCUUCCUGAUCACGAGAGGCAAAGAAGGAAAGAUGAAACCUACCCAAUUAAAACACCCACUUUUGCAGGAGGCCUUUUUUCCAUAUCAAAAGAAUAUUUUGAAUAUAUUGGAACUUAUGAUGAAGAAAUGGAAAUCUGGGGAGGUGAAAAUAUAGAAAUGUCUUUCAGAGUAUGGCAAUGUGGUGGGCAGUUGGAGAUUAUGCCUUGCUCUGUUGUUGGACAUGUCUUUCGCAGCAAAAGCCCUCAUACCUUUCCAAAAGGCACUCAGGUGAUUGCUCGCAACCAAGUUCGCCUUGCAGAAGUCUGGAUGGAUGAGUACAAGGAAAUAUUUUAUAGGAGAAACACAGAUGCAGCAAAAAUUGUUAAACAAAAAUCAUUUGGUGAUCUUUCAAAAAGAUUUGAAAUAAAGCACCGCCUUCAAUGUAAAAAUUUUACGUGGUAUCUGAACACUAUUUAUCCAGAAGCAUAUGUGCCAGACCUUAAUCCUGUUAUAUCUGGAUAUAUUAAAAGCAUUGGUCAGCCUUUGUGUCUGGAUGUUGGAGAAAAUAAUCAAGGAGGCAAACCAUUAAUUUUGUAUACAUGCCAUGGACUUGGGGGAAACCAGUAUUUUGAAUACUCGGCUCAACGUGAAAUUCGCCAUAACAUCCAGAAGGAAUUAUGUCUUCAUGCUGCUCAAGGUCUUGUUCAGCUGAGGGCAUGUGCCUACAAAGGUCACAAGACAGUGGCCAGUGGAGAACAGAUAUGGGAGAUCCAAAAGGAUCAACUUCUAUAUAAUCCAUUCUUAAAAAUGUGCCUUUCAGCAAAUGGAGAGCAUCCAAGCUUAGUGUCAUGCAAUCCGUCAGAUCCACUGCAAAAAUGGAUUUUUAGCCAAAAUGAUUAAGUGUUCCUUAAAAUUAAGGAGUUGAAAAAGAAGAUAUUCUUUCUCAUAAAACUGUGACUAAGCAUACACUGUAGUUGUUGAAAAUUAUGCAAAAGCAGCUAAUUAUAACUUAUUCCAAGUGCAUUUUUCUUAUUUAUAUCUUAAAAUGUCUAUGUAGCACUGCUACAGAAAUCUUUUAAGUUUCCAUUUCAAAGCACAAUAGCUAAGAAUACCAAAGACUAUUUUGAAAUGUCCAGAUUUAGGGAAAGAGAUGUUUACAGUAUGAUGAAAAUAAUUUUCCAAGUAAAGUGAUAUUUGUGUAUUUUGUGCACUUAAAGAUAUGCAUAGCUACAUUCACACACUCACAAUUUAAAAUAUUUCUUCUAGUUUUUUUGGGGGAGGGAGAAAGAUUUGAUACUGUAUUUUUUUAACUACAUAGAAAUGGAUCAAUGAAGGUCAAGCAUUGGCCUUUGUGUACAAACCAGGAAAUUUUUAUAGAUCUAAAAUUUAUUAUAUAAAAAUGCAGGUAAACUUUUUUGCCUUUUGUUUACUUAUCUGUCAAAUGUUUCCUUCAACAUGAAAUUAAGUGAAUAAGGAGAAUAUUUUUGAUGCUGCAGUAUCUUGGCAAAUUUUAAAAUAUUUUUUAGUCUGAAGACCUCUUGACUUGAAGCACUUAAAUAUUGCUUAAAAGACAUUUCUUAAAUAACUAUACUGUGUUUUCCCAGAGCAAUUAAAAAAAAAAACUAUGUUACUAUCUGUUGAAAAGGUGUCUUUUUCCUUUCUGCUAGUCUUUUUUUCUUACCAAAAGUCGCUAACCUUGAAUGUUUGUGAAAUUGAAUUCCAAAUGUAGAAUACCUGACUCAUUUAAAAGCUAAAUUUUAUUUGGUGCUGAUUCAAUUAUAGAUGAUCUUUGUAAAGAUUUUUCUUCAUCAAAAAAACCUCUGUCUAUAUGGAAAACACAAUAAAAUGAAUCCUUAUCACUGUUGUAAUUAUUUGAUUUAAAUUUCUUUCCUCUUUUGGAUAAAAUAUAUAAUUCAUAUUGGAUGGGGGAGGGCAUGAAUUUUGUAUAUUUAAUUUCUAAUUACCUAUCGUAGAGCCAUCAGAUAUUUUUAAGGAAUACUCAAAUAUUUCAUGGUAAUCGUAUAAAAAAUGGGGAAUGGAGAAGAUUCUAUGUUAGAUAUUUCGAACAUUUUGUACUAAUUUCUGAUAACUUUCCUUGAGCAUCUGAUAGAGUAAUUUUAAAAAAAAAUGUGAUGCCUGCUUAGGAGAUUUAACACUUUUUUUUUCCCUCUCAUUUUAUAUAGAGAUCUCCUAUGUUCUUAUUUAAGAAGUAAAGUAUGAUUGGCUGCGUAUUUGAAGCCUUACUGAGCCUCAAUUGUACAAAAGAAAAUGUUUUAAAAUUAUUGGUCCCAUCACCUCAUUGUAACUUUGAACUUACAUUAAAAGACCUGCAUUCUUUAAUGUAUUACAAUGGCAACUUAUAUUUCAAUUCAACUAAUAUUUAUCAUGUAUCUAACUUUGUACCCAAAGUUAAGAUAGGCAGAAUGAAUCUUAUGUUGCCUUUAAGCUUAGAUCUUGUGGAGCAGAAAGACAGACAAAUAAUUUUGAAAUAGCAUAGUGACAUUGUUACUUAUAUUUCAUGAUGUGACAGCUUGCCAUUCAUAUCUGAUAUUUCUUUAAAAAGUAAAGGUAUUUUUAUUACUGUAGCUAAAUACAACUAAUAUGUGUUGUGAAAUACACACUGAUGCCCACUUAAAUGCACAAUUUCUCAAUUUGUUAUUCUAGAGUAAGAAAUACUGCUCUUAUUUUGUUAUAUCUCACAAAACAAAUCUGAAAUUAAAAAAAAAAAAUCUGAGUGCA